CAAAACACAAGGUAGAAAGUGUACUAAAAAGUGUUUGUACGACUCAUUAACACUAUGAUUAUAUUCAUCCUUAUUCUUUCUGCUGUGUCAAGAAAGGCAAUACUCCAAACAACAGCCCUGGACAUUUUUCCAGCCAAGAUCUUUCGGACUGCAGGAACAAUAAUGGAGGGUAGUGACCUGGAGUUAAAAUGUAGUACACAUGGACGCAAAGAUGAACAAAAAAUUGUACAUGUUUAUUUGUGCAAGAAUGGUGUUGCUGUGGAAAAAAUCAUGAAUAGAAAAGAUGAUACUAUUUUCACCCUGAGAAAUAUCGACAGACAACAGAGUGGUAAUUACAGCUGUGUGUUCUCUAAUAUCUUGUACACACUCUCUGAAGUCCGAGAGAAAGGGGACAAUUCCAUUUACAUCCAGGUGAUCGAUCGGAUUCUCCCUGCAGUCAUAUCAAUUACAGGCUCAAACUCAGCAAAACAGGGAGAUGUUGUGGAGUUUAAGUGUACUAUUUCAGACCCCAUACAUACCAGUGAAUUAGUUCACUCUUACCUCUGCAUGAAUGGAACUCAUGUUCAGGUGCAGGUUUUUGAUGUUUAUAGAAUGGAGGCAACUUUUACUAUUAAGGAUGUUAAACUGAAUGACAGAGGGAACUACAGCUGUGUGCUUGACCUGCAACCAAAACGCAAUGAAUUUACAGAGAGGCAAUUAUAUGGAAGCAAUACAGCAUUUCUUCAGGUUGAUGUGUGGAGUUAUCAAAUCCCAGUGGUCAUGUUCUGUGUCUGUCUUCUGCUGGUCUUUUUACUGAUUGUGGGCAUUUACUGGCUGAUCAGAAAACAAGGUCAGAACCAUGUAAUUCUGUCCGUAAUAUGUGUACUACAAUUCGGAAUUAUAAUCUAUAUACUACUUUCUCUUUUGUCAGGGGUUGGGAAUCUGUGUUGUAGAAGAACACCACCAAAUGAUGUUCAAUUAUCAGAUGAAAGGGAAAGUAACAUUUCAAACAUGGAGGAAGAAUCCUGUGAUGAAUUUGACAGUUUGUCAGAGGAAGAUAUCUCAUACCAAAAUGUUCCGGAUUUAACACAGACCAAUGAUAUGAUAGAAGAUCCAGGACAAGAGGCUGAUGACACAUACCAAGAUAUUUUGGAUUUUACCAGGAUCAAGCAUACAGUUGAAGUUCCAUGUCAAGGUUUUAAUCAAGGGGCAGGCUUCCCUCCCCCACAUUAAACCAAGGACCUUGUGGGUAACCUUAAAAACUCUAAGGGACACAAAAGCAUCUGAACAGAGAACAGAUGAACUGAUGGUUUAAACUGAUCGACAAUUAAUGGAUAACCCAAUGAUCUUCUGGGACUUCCAGUUCGGACACCUACCGCUGGAAUGAAACGUAAUCUAGAAGAUGUUGGAGGAUCAUCCGGUUUGGUAACCAUAAGAAUAAGGCAGAAAAUAUUAAUAAAAUAAAAUGUUAUGUUUUUGUAUCCCUUGUGUCCAUUUUCAAUUGCAUUUUAUAUUUACAAUGUGUUUUGUUCCAAAAAAAGACACAACUUCUAAAGUGUUUCAUGGGCUAAAAUAAAACAUUCCAGAAUUGUUCCAUACACAAAAAAAAUAUUUCUUUUAAAUGUACCUCAGUGGCCUACUAGAGCUUAAAUGUGACCAACUACCCAUCUUUUUUUUUACCACCACAUCACUG